AGACUGGAGCGGCCGCCUAGCCGCCGGGCCAAUGCAGCGCGGGGGCGGGGAUUGUUUACGUCCCGGUCGGAGACGAAAGUGGGUCACAGCCUGCGGAGCGCGGCUGUGGCGGCUGCAGGUCCUCUCUAGCAUGGCCAGACGUCCGAGGAGUAGCAGGGCAUGGCAUUUUGUCUUGAGCGCAGCCCGCCGGGAUGCUGAUGCCCGGGCUGUGGCCCUGGCAGGCACCACUAACCGGGGCUAUGACUCUGAUGGGCAGCACAGUGACUCCGAUUCUGACCCUGAGUCCUCAUCCCUGCCACCAUCCAUCCCCAGUGCUGUGCCUGUGACAGGGGAGUCCUUCUGUGACUGUGAGAGCCAGAGCGAGGCCCCCUUCUGCAGCAGCCCACAUACCACGCACCGUGGCAAGGACUGCCGCUGUGGAGAAGAGGAUGAGUACUUUGACUGGGUCUGGGAUGACCUGAAUAAGUCCUCAGCUGCCCUGCUAAGCUGUGACAACCGCAAGGUCAGCUUCCAUAUGGAGUAUAGCUGUGGUACCGCAGCCAUCCGGGGCACCAAGGAGCUGGGGGAUGGCCAACACUUCUGGGAAAUUAAGAUGACCUCACCUGUCUAUGGCACUGAUAUGAUGGUGGGCAUUGGGACGUCAGACGUGGACCUGGACAAGUACCAUCACACCUUCUGCAGCCUGCUUGGCAGGGACGAGGACAGCUGGGGCCUCUCCUACACGGGGCUCCUCCACCAUAAGGGUGACAAGACCAGCUUCUCAUCACGGUUUGGCCAAGGCUCCAUCAUUGGUGUGCACCUGGAUGCCUGGCACGGGACGCUGACUUUCUUUAAGAACAGGAAAUGCAUAGGAGUGGCAGCCACCAGACUGAGGAACAGGAGGUUCUACCCAAUGGUGUGCUCCACAGCGGCCAGAAGCAGCAUGAAGGUGAUCCGUGCCUGUGCCACCGCCACCUCCCUGCAGUACCUGUGCUGCUCCCGCCUGCGCCAGUUGCGCCCUGACUCAGGGGACACCCUUGAGGGCCUGCCCCUGCCACCUGGUCUCAAGCAGGUGCUGCGUGACAAGUUGGGCUGGGUCUUGAGCAUGAACUGCAGUCGGCGCAAGCCCCCAGCGUCCCCACCUGGUACCCCCAGCCUAGAGGCCAGGCCCUGCCGAAGGAAGAGGUGCCGACGGACCUGACUUGUUUUCUGACAAAAACUGCCUUCUUGGGCUGGGAAGGCCACUCCGUUCCUCCCUCCUUGCCACCCUGCAGGGCAGAAGAGGUGGACCAAGGUCUGAUGGGGGCUGUCCUAUCUCUAAGGCCAGAACAGUCCCUUCUGUAGGGGAUCCAGAGCCACUGGCCACUGAGUCCACUCUCCUUGACUGGUUGGGGGGGCAGCCACACCAGUCCUCCAACUGUCCCAGGAAUGGCCAAGUACUGCUGGGCCAUCCUGGGGUGACAGGUGUCUGCUGCCUGGGGAGACAGGGCUUGGUGAGCUGGCGCUUCCUGGCCCUGGGUCCCUGCUCUUCUUCUAGCUCACUCUGCAUGUUGUCCACUGCCGUUCCCGUCACACAGACCCCAAUGACUGUGACAAAUGUGGGAUUUAUGUCUUACACAGCUCUGAGAUUAAAGACUCUGUCAGGCCUGG